AUGAGUCAUCCAAUGAUGAAUAUGAGAUACAACCAAAUGGGUAAAAUGGAGAUCGAUGAUCAAAUAUAUGAAGAUUUCGAUGAAGAUUCUCUCUCUCUAGAUCCAAUGAAUGAUAAUAACAAACAAAUUGUACAUCAAGACUUUUUUAACGGUAACUAUUGUUAA